AAGAACGCGCCCAGGGAGCUGGACAGGCUGAAAAAAAUCCUGGGAACGAACGCGGAUGUCGUCAUGGAGGAGGUCAAGGAGGUGGCGACCGUGCUGCCCCCCAAGAAAGUCCUCGAGCAGGGGGAUGACUGCAAAAUGGACAUAGAUAAUAAACGAAACAAAAAAACUCUUCUAGACCAGCAUGGACAGUACCCAAUAUGGAUGAAUUCCAGGCAGAGAAAGAAGCUUAAGGCACAGCGUGUUAAAGGGAAAAAAAAAUCAAAGUUGGCCAAAGGCCUAGUCUGGUAAAGUUGGAGUUUUGUAAGAUCGUGAAUAUUUUACUUGCAAAAUAAAUAUCCCAAACAAGUACAUGAUAUUUUUG